AUGGCACGCGCGUCGCAGACAGUCCGAGUGACAGCAGCUCUAGAAGCAUCAGAUUCUGCUGGUUAUGAACAAGAAAAUGUACAUGCAGUAUAUGAUGUGAUUGCUGGACAUUUCUCAAGUACCCGGUACAAGCCAUGGCCUCUCGUUUCAGACUUCUUCGAUUCGUUACCAGCAGGCAGCGUGGGGGUAGAUUUGGGCUGUGGAAAUGGCAAGUACUUGCAUCUUCGUUCGGCCUUGGGAUCUGGGGAAGCUACCAAAAAUAGUCUUGUCACGCUUGGCUCAGAUCGAUGUUUGCCCUUGAUCCAAGCUGCUCAGCACAAUUUUCCUCAGAAUCCACCGACACGCUUGAUACAAGAAGUAGCUGUGGCGGAUGCUCUGUGUAGCGGGUAUCGUGGUGGUGUAUUUGAUUAUGCGUUGAGCAUCGCUACUAUUCACCAUUUUUCUACACCAGAACGGAGAAGACACGCGAUUGAAGAGCUCAUCCGACUUGUUAAGCCCGCUCCGGAAGGUUUGGUCGGUACGGGACGGGGAUGUGGCCGUUUCAUGGUGUACGUAUGGGCGUUUGAGCAGCGUGGCGCAGGUCGGCGAUUAUUCGAUGCACAGUUAGCUGGGCAUGGUGAUGCGACAAAGGCACAAGAUGUCCUUGUGCCGUGGGUACGGACAGCACAACACACAGAUGAUCAGAAACAAGACGUCCAUCACCGAUACUAUCACCUUUUCAGAGAGCAUGAACUAGAUGAACUUGUGAACGAUGCAGCGCAGCAUUACGCAGACACAGGUAUACACGUCGUAAAGGAGACAGGCGGCUGGGAAAAGGGAAACUGGUGGGGUGUGUGGCGCGUCGUCCAGCGCUGA